CUCCCCCAGCAGAGCAAUGCCCAGCUAACUCCGAGGUGAGGGUGCUCCACUCACUCAGACGAAAUGGAAUGGACUGGGCUAGCCCGUAGUUCAAUACUGAAGUGGAAUGCAUCUACUUGGGCCUGUCGGAACCACGAAAUGGCCGACUUUACGGAAACUUGACCUUCGCAUGGUGGUUCUAGCUGAUGUACUCAUUUAACUUAUUCCAUCAGGCCGUUUCUCAUUGGUGGAAAACAGUUCCAUUUAAUCCGUAAAGGCUGAUCCUUCUUUUCGCGAGCUGCUAAGCCGUCCAUGUCGAUAUACGCGUCCCCGUACGACGCAUCCGACGAUGGCGGCAUGCCGGACGAGCUUCCGCGCACCAUCAGUCUCGAGCGGUCCUUCGCUGCUCUCUACGGCCUGCAGAACACCCACCAGCAGCCGCAGCCGCAGCAGCAGCAGCAGAGGAAGUUCCGCGGAUGGCCCAGGAUGGGGUCCUUCUUCGGCUCCUCCAACUCCAAUGCAUCCACUGAAGCCUCGCGCCGAGGCUCCGCUGCAGGUUCGGCAGCGCAGGCUCGGGAAGCCAACGCGCAACCGACUCUUCAACGGACCGUGUCGCUUCCCAGUCGCGCUGCUGCACUGAAGGCACAGCAGCAUCAACAGCAGCAUCAACAGCAGCAGCAGCAGCAGCAGCAGCAGCAGCAGCAGCAGGCGCGAAGGAAGCUGCGAUCGGCAGAGGAGGAGGAGCGAGAGAGACAGCGACAGAUCGAAGAGUUCGGCACUCCUCUCGCUGACGACGUCCCGCCCCCCCCGCCGGGUUACGAGUACAGCGCGGACCUCUCUCCGGAUUCUCCCUGCUCUCCCCCCCUCGCCGUAGCAGCGCCGCCCUCGCCGUCAGACGCGGCGGAGGGCCAGGAGUUUGCGGGGGGACCGGGAGCAGGGUUCGAGAGCGCUAGCAGCAGCAGCUGGGGACGCGGUCAGUUUAGCGCGGAUGGAGCAGCAGCAGGGGGAGGGGAGCCGGCGGGGUAUCGCCCGCGGGCAGCGCGCGAGUUUAGGCGCACGACGUCGUCGCCCGUGCCCAAGUGCCCGCCUGCGUCCGCGCCUGUGUGCUCGGCGGGCGUGAGAGACCGCCGCCACGCGGCGAGCUUUGGCGGAACGACCUUCGAGGGGCCCUUCAGCAGGGGGGGGGGGGCAGGGGGCGGAGGGAGCAUGGGCAGCGGCGGCAGCAGCAGCGGCAGCGCCAGUGGCGCCAGGGGGGACGUUGAAGUGCGCUUUGGCGGCGGGGGCCCUUCGGGCGCAGUGCCUGCUGUCAGCGCCAUGAGCGGCGGUGCUGGCGCCAUGGGGAGUCCGUCCCGCGCCUCUGCGCCGUUUGUUGCGCCUCCCGCCUCCAGCAGCAAGCCGCCUGCCAGAGCGGGGUUUGGGCGCAGCACGAGUGUCACGCAGCCGCAGGGGAAUGCCGGGGACCCCGCUGCUGCUGGCGCAGCGGGCGGCGCUGGCGGCGGCGGGGGUGGUGAGGGGGGAGGGCGGAGGGCGUUCCGCCGUGCAAUAUCCAUGGAGCUGCGGCCGCGCAUGCGCGCCAACAGGCCGCCGCUUGUCCUCAACCCGCUGGACGACUCCCCCAGAGCCAGCAGCGGCGCGGGCGCAUUCCCCCGGCCCCCCGUUCCAUGGACAGCAGCGGACGACCCUUGCUCCCCCUCUGCUCCCCUCCCCGCCCCCCACAAGCAGCCCCAUCCAUCCCUGCCCCAUGCCAACGGCCCCUCCCGCCCGCCCAUGCCCUGGCUUCCCCCUGACGACCCAUCCCCCCUCUCCGCCUCGUCGUCCCCCUUCGGCCGCCCACCCCCCAGCGGCAACCCCAGCGCCCGCGGGUGGGCGGCGUGGACGCAGGCAGAUGAAGCCUCUCCCAGAGCCGCCUUCGCCCCGCCCUACUUCCGCUCCUCCUCGCUCGGAGGCCCCCCCUCCUCCUCCCUGCGCACCCGAGAACUGCCCCCGCCCGCCCCCCCACACGGCGCACACCAGAGCACACAUGCAGGGGCGGGCGCGUGGGGUGGGGGAAUGGGGGUAGCGGCGGGCGGAGGGUACGAGCCAACGUCCCCCGGCUCCCAGCGGUCGCUAAGUCCCGACUAUGCCGAGCAGAGCAAGGGGUCGCUGGGCCUGGUGCAGGAGGAGAGGGAGGAGGCGUACGGGGGAGGGGUGAGGGAGGGCGUGAGAGAGAGAGGGAGGAGCAGAGAGGAGUAUGGCGGUGGGGGGAGGGGCAGCAGAGAGCCGAGUGGAGAGAGGCGCACAGAGAAGGGCUGGAUGCCAGAGAGGGGGGGCGGCAGGGACAGGGGGGGAGGGAGGGGAAGAUUCCGGGGGGGCAAUUGCAGAAGCCGAGGGAGGGAGGGUGACAGUGGGAGUGAGAGUGAAAGUCGGAGUGAAAGUGAGAGUGGGAGUGGGAGUGGGAGUGGGUCAGGUAGUGAAAGUGACGACGGCAUGGCGGGCCGGAGAGGCCAUCAGGCGCUUGCGGGUGUGCGGGGAGGGGGCGGGGCGUGGGAGGGUGGGCGGUUGGAGGAGGCGGAGGAGAGUCCCCGCGAGGCGACCAUGCGGUGCCGGGGGCCCUCCAUGCACGCGCUGCUGCGCCGCUCCUCCCACUCGCGCCACCACAGCCUCGACGCCUCCUCCUCCUCCGCCUCGCCCUCCUGCUCCCCCGUGCCCCUCGCCCGCCCCGUCUGCCGCCCCGCCCCCCCUGCCUCCGCACGCAGCCCUGCCAGGGCGGGAUGGGGGAGAGCUGCGGGGGGGGCGGACCGGGUGGAGGGGUCGCCUCUGAGGGAGGUGGGUGGCGGAGGGGGCGGGGAGGAGGGAGUCACUCUGGUGCGGGCGAGCACUCUGCAUGAGAGCAGCAGCAGCAGCAGGCGCGGUGGCAGCAGUGCGUGGUACACCGACAGGCAGGCAGAGGCAGGGGGGCAUGGCAGUGGCAGUGGCAGUGGCAGUGGUGUGGGCAGUGGACAUGGCGGAGGGGGCGGGGUUGAGACGGGCGUGCGGGAGGUGAGGAAGGGGCUGGUGCGGUCGGCCAGUGGGGUGGAGGCGAGGCACUGCAGGAACCGCAGUGCGGGAGGGGUGAUGAGCAUUGGAGCCACCGGCAGCAUUGGCGUCGCUGCCAGCAUGGGCGCUGGGGCGGUUGAGAGCGCCCAACGACUCGGUGCAGCAGCAGCAGCGCCGCCACCAGCAGCAGCAGGGCCGAUGCGGGCAGAUCCCCGCAACCCUCGAAGGGGUCUGGUGCGGUCGGCGAGUGGAGUGGAGGCAAGGCACAGGCGGGAGAGGAGUGGAGGAGGCAGCAGCGGUGGCAGUGCGGCAGGGGCAGGCAUGGGCUGGCAGCAGGGUGGCGUGGGUUUGGGAGAGAAUGCAGGAUCGGUGGAGAAGGAGGUGGGGGACCCCAGGAGGGUUCUGGUGCGGGCAAGCAGCGGGGUGGACCCACGGCACAGGAGGCAGAGGAGCAGUGGCAGUGGCAGCACCGGCACUGCUGGCAGCCUUCUCAGCACCUUCUUGUCGCGCCCAGGCGCAGUGGAUGCGGGCGGGGCGGCAGACCGGGAGGCUGGUGAGGGGAGGGCGGCGGCAAGCAAGGCGGCGUUUGGGUUGGUGCGCAUGGCAACGAUGGAGAGGCGGCGAGCCAAAGGGCGAAGCAACUCCGUGGUGGAGGAGAUGGCCCACAGCCCCUUCCAGGACCUCUCCUGGGAUUAGACCAUGGGUCAAAUUGAGUUGAUCUAUUUAUGAGGGUGGCUAAAUCGGGUGAAGCUCCAGCAGACUUCUUGGUGCUGUAUUUUUUUAUUUUUAUUCUUACGGGACUAGAAAAAAAAAUCCUCACAGUUCCAUUUAUUAUUCCUCCAU